AUGGCCAAGAAGAUCAUGAAGGCGAAGAAUCAUCCUCCCUUUCCAGCUCCCAAGCGCGGAAAGGCUCGUGCACUCCGGAAGCCUGCCAGCAUCCUCAAGAAACCCGCAAGCAGCACAAGAAUCCCCUAUGUACGUCAUGGUGAUCCUACAACGAAAACUCGAAACGAGCGUGUGCGGCGGGGUAUUUCUGUGCAGAUGUUUCUCAAGAAAAAGACGCUGCCCUUGAUCAAGCUUCUCCAGAAGGACGGCAUUCUCACCAAGAUGAAGAUAUGUCCGCACUGUGGCGAAAAGAGUUUGACGUCCCUCCAGUACUCCAACAUCAAGGGUAUCUAUGCGUACCGGUGCAACCGUAAGGCAUGCAUGCGUCGAGUUCAGCCCCAUAGCUUUCAUCCAAUCUUCGUUCAGGGCAGUGGAAACAGCAUCACCUCGUUGGCAAUUCAGGCGGCAAUUCUUUUCUGCGCGAUCAUAGGCCUGACCACAGUGCAGACCCAUCUCCUCCUCGAUGCCAACAAGAAGAUCAUAUCGACCAUAUACAGUAACCUCGAAACCACGCGCACGAGAUAUGUUCACCUCAAGGAAAAGGACAUCGUCUAUGGGAAAUGGAGAGAUGUCGAGGCAGAUGAAGUGGACCUUGGGAAGGGUGUGGUGAACGAGCCCAUCAACGAAAACUUGUGCAUAAGAUGGGAGCAAUGGGGUGGUUUGGUGGAACGAGGGCGCCCCUCAUCGUUGCGGCUGUUUCGCCUGAGUCCAGCACUUACUGAUCGGCGUGCACCAGGCCCCGGACCGAUCAGGAAGCAAGAUUGGAAACCUAUCGCGGAGAAAUACUUGGCGGGGAAAGGGGUGAUCUUACACACGGAUGGUGCUCGAUCCUACAAAUUGAAGCUUCCGGAUGUCGUCCAUUGUAAUGUGGUACAUCAAAAAAAGAAGAAGAUCGUGAAGGGCAAGGCCGUCUGGGAAAAGCCACAUUACACGAAGAUCUACAAGAUCCAGUUACCAGAUGGUAAGAAGCUCACCGUCAACAGCGGAACUCAGGCAAGUACUUUGUAA